CGGCCGCCGCCCUGUCCCAAGCUCCUCUGCGGGUAAACAGACAUGGCCGGCGAGGGAGAUCCGCAGGACGCUGGGAACAACAUGGGCAAUCACUUGCCGCUCCUGCCCGCAGAGGAUGAGGAAGAAGAUGAAAUUGAAAUGGAAGUUGAAGACCAGGAUAGCAAAGAACCCAAGAAACCAAACAUCAUAAAUUUUGACACUAGUCUUCCGACGUCACAUACAUAUCUGGGCUCUGAUAUGGAGGAAUUUCAUGGCCGCACUUUGCACGACGACGACAGCUGCCCGGUGAUCCCAGUCCUGCCCCAGGUGAUGAUGAUCCUGAUCCCUGGGCAGACCUUACCUCUUCAGCUUUUCAGUCCCCAGGAAGUCAGUAUGGUGCGGAAUUUAAUUCAGAAGGAUCGAACCUUUGCGGUGCUUGCCUACAGUAACGUGCAGGAAAGGGAAGCACAGUUUGGAACAACAGCAGAGAUAUACGCCUAUCGAGAAGAACAGGAUUUUGGAAUUGAGAUUGUGAAAGUGAAAGCAAUCGGAAGACAAAGAUUCAAAGUCCUUGAGCUCAGGACACAGUCAGACGGAAUCCAGCAAGCUAAAGUGCAGAUUCUUCCUGAGUGUGUGUUGCCUUCAACCAUGUCUGCAGUUCAGUUAGAAUCCCUCAAUAAGUGCCAGAUAGUUCCUUCAAAACCUGUCUCAUGGGAAGACCAGUGUUCAUAUAAAUGGUGGCAGAAAUACCAGAAGAGAAAGUUUCAUUGUGCAAAUUUGACUUCAUGGCCUCGCUGGCUGUAUUCCUUAUAUGAUGCUGAAACCUUAAUGGAGAGAAUCAAGAGACAGCUACACGAAUGGGAUGAAAAUCUGAAAGAGGAUUCUCUUCCUUCAAAUCCAAUAGAUUUUUCUUACAGAGUAGCUGCUUGUCUUCCUAUUGAUGAUGUAUUAAGAAUUCAGCUCCUUAAAAUUGGUAGUGCGAUCCAACGACUUCGCUGUGAACUAGACAUUAUGAAUAAAUGUACGUCUCUUUGCUGUAAACAAUGUCAAGAAACAGAAAUAACAACCAAAAAUGAAAUAUUCAGUUUAUCCUUAUGUGGGCCGAUGGCAGCUUAUGUGAAUCCUCACGGAUACGUGCAUGAGACGCUUACCGUGUAUAAGGCUUGCAACUUGAAUCUGAUCGGCCGGCCUUCUACAGAGCACAGCUGGUUUCCUGGGUUCGCCUGGACCAUUGCCCAGUGCAGGAUUUGUGCAAGCCAUAUUGGAUGGAAAUUUACAGCCACCAAAAAAGACACGUCACCUCAAAAAUUCUGGGGUUUGACUCGAUCUGCUCUGCUGCCCACGAUCCCAGACACUGAAGAUGACAUAAGCCCAGACAAAAUAAUACUCUGCUUAUAAACGAAUACGGUAGGCAUAAGGUUCCUUAGCAAAAUCGGUAUUCUAACAUCAGGUCUGCUUUGGAAAUUACUACUUUUGAUGCAUACCCAAGUAAAAAGCGACAUUACACGGAAGGUUGCAGUUUCUUAGUCAAACAACGGUAUUUGAAGAUUUAGACUAAAAUAUACUAUUGAAGAGGAGGAAAAGCAGUCUAGAAUACUUGGUUUCGGGAGUGAUCUACUUUAGGAGCUUGCUGCUCUUAUUCUGUGGGAUCUGAUAGGACAUGGAAGACAUCUGUGAAACUGGUGAGAGUAUUUCCUGCAGAAAACAUACCUGAAAUUCCUGUAAAUUCUUAUAAUGUGGUUCCUCAUUUGAUCCUGAUACAUGGAACAGAAUGGCACGUUUGGAUCCGUGCUCCAAACAGCAGAAGUUUCCAAAAGCUAGGGUGCCAAGCACUAGUACUGUUCCUUUUCGGAAGAGGCAAGGCAGUGUGUAUUAUUUUAAAAGGGCUUUCUUUUGUUCCUUCUGAUU